AUGAAAUCUCUCAAUCACCGAUCUUUAUUCGUAUUAUUCAUUACAAGUAAAACACUUCAUGCCAUCCGGAUUGGCUCUAUUGCUAAUGCAACAUUUCACGCAUGGAAUUUCACUAAAAUCUAUCCGAUCUUGACAUGCAACGAAUGCACGUGCACUGCUUUGAUGUUAUCAGCUGCCGGAUGGAAUUGUAUGAUUAUGAACAAAACAUGUCAAUUAAUUUCGAAUUAUUCUUCAAAUGAUAUUGGAUUAAAGGACGCGAUUAAUACAACUUUCUCCUUCCAACAAUUUCCAUUCAAACAAGUUACAACACAGACUGCGAUAACGACACAAAGUCCUCUAGAAAGUUCUUGUUCCAGUGCUCGGUUCUAUGCAAAUAUUUGGACAUUCUGUACAUCAUAUUAUCACAGGUUCUCUCUGUACAAUAUAACACUCACAAUUAGACUUCUAACAGACAUGAACUAUAUCUGGUAUUUGGAUGAUGUAUCUCUACGAACUUCAACAUCAACAGAACUCAUAACUAAUGGAAAUUUUGAAGGUUCACCACCACUUUACAGAUGGUCAACAGGACAUCCCAGUUCCUGUUACGAUCAAUCUGGAUUAAGUAGCACUCAAUACCAUUCCUCCAAUAGAUCUUAUUAUGACGCUUGUAGAACUAAUAUAACUUGGAUCUCCCAAUCAUUAUAUACUUCUACUUUUUACGAUUAUUAUAAUGUCAGUUUUUGGAUUUAUCUUGAUCAUAUCACUUCAUCUGGAAAUUUAUCGAACGUUGGAGUGAGCUGGAAUCUUGUCUGA